AUGAUAAUGACAGUUAUACAUAAUUAUUUAUAUUUUAGAUUUGAGUUGUUUGUAUAGGUCCGAAGAGUUUGAUUAUUGAAAGUUAUAAAUAAUAAUUCCUAUUUUACGUUAUAUAUAAAAUAUAAAUUCUAACAAUACGUGUCUAAAUCUGUGCUAUUCAGUGAUAUACUGAUAUUUGCUCUAUUUUGAUCCUGUCCAAGAUAACUUCUUGUUACAAGUGGAAGAUCUGUAUCCUGCAGAUUCAACUAGAGUUUAUCGUUUAAAAGAUUCAAGGGAUAUACCGAUUUAAGAAACAACCCGACAGAUGCUGCUUUAAUAAUGAAUCAAACUGUGGAACAUGUUAAACAAGAAAAUUAUGUUUCGGAAGAAAAUAUAAAUGGAGUAUGGUCAGAUAACAAGCUAGAAUUUGGGAUUCAGACUGAUGAACUUACCAACACAGACGAUAAUAAACAUGAAAUAUAUGUUCAAACCAAGGUAGAAUCUGAUGAUAAUGAGAUAACGAAGGAAUUGAAGGAACCGCAGAAAAAGGUCUAUAGAUGUGCCGUAUGCGGCUGUCAAAAACAAUAUAGAUCAGAUUUUGACCGGCAUAUGAAAGUUCACAUGGCACCGGGAGAACGACAGUUGUUUGCAUGUCCACAUUGUGACAAAAAAUAUAAGAAAAAAGACAGCUUAAAAUACCACCUUAGGGAUAAUCAUAUUGAUUCUAGAACGAAGGAAUUGAAGGAACCGCAGAAAAAGGUCUAUAAAUGUGCCGUAUGCGGCUGUCAAAAACAAUAUAGAUCAAGUUUUGACCAGCAUAUGAAAGUUCACAUGGCACCGGAAGAACGGCAGCUGUUUGCUUGUGUGCACUGUGGCAACAAAUAUAGUACAAAAUCCAACUUGAAACAUCACCUUGAUAAUAAGCACAUUGAUUCCAGAACGAAGGAAUUGAAGGAAUCGCAGAAGAUCUAUAAAUGUGCCGUAUGCGGCUGUCAAAAACAAUAUAGAUCAAGUUUUGACCGGCAUAUGAAAGUUCACAUGGCACCGGGAGAACGACAGUUGUUUGCAUGCCCACACUGUGACAAAAAAUAUAAGAAAAAAGACAGUUUAAAAUACCACCUUAGGGAUAAUCAUAUAGAUUCUGGGCUAAAGGGGGCGCAGCAAACGGUCUAUCAUACAUGUUCCGAAUGUGACUACCAAACACCAUACAGGUCAAAUCUUAGACAACACGAGAAAGUUCACUUGGCACCGGAAGAACAACAGAUGUUUGCUUGUGCGCACUGUGAUGUAAAAUAUAGAAGAAAACAUAGCUUACAAUACCACCUUGAUAAUAAUCAUACGGAUUUGAGUAGAUCGAAGGAAGUGCAGAAAAAGGUUAGCACAUGCUCCAUAUGUGGCUACCGAACACGACAUUUGCCAAACCUUAGACGACACGAGGCAGUGCAUUUAGCACCGGAAGCACGACAACUGUUCCCUUGUGUGCAUUGUGACAAAACAUAUAGGAAUAAAUUCACCUUACAACUUCACCUCAACCGUGAUCAUAUUGAGUCCAGUGGAUCGAAGGAAGUGCAGAAAAAGGUCAGCACAUGUUCCAUAUGUGGCUACCAAACACUACGUUCGACAAAUUUAAGACGACACGAGGCAGUGCAUUUGGCACUGGAAGCACGACAGUUGUUCCCUUGUGUGCAUUGUGACAAAAUAUAUAAACAUAAAAUCAGCUUACAACUUCACCUCAAUCGUGAUCAUAUGGAGUCCAGUAGGUCGAAGGAAGUGCCGAGAAAGGUCAGCACAUGUUCCAUAUGCGGCUACCAAACAGUAUAUUUGCCAAACUUUAGACGACACAAGGCAGUGCAUUUGGCACCGGAAGCACGACAGUUGUUCCCUUGUGUGCAUUGUGACAAAAUAUAUAAGAAAAAAAGCACCCUACAACUUCACCUCAAUCGUGAUCAUAUUGAAUCCAGAAAUGCUGAUGAUAUACCUAUUGAAGUGAUAUCGGAAGAUUCUUUAAAAAUUGAAAUUGAUGAUCACACACCGCUUUCGGAUGACUUUAAAUAUGCUGAUUCUGUAGUUUUAACUGACGAAGUGAAAUCGGAAUGUUCUGUAAAAACUGAAAUCGAUGAUCACGCUCUGCUUUUAGAUGACUUUAAUGAAGUUAAACCAGAAUUUGUGAAAAUUGAAACUGAUAAUGACCCUCCGAUUUUGAAUGAAGACAUGCAUGAUGACUUUAAAAGUACCGAAGAUCUCUCUAUAACUAAGAAACUGAAGUUAGAUUUUAUAAAAAUGGAACCUGAUGAUAGAUAGCACUCUGUUUUCGGGCGAAUAAAGAUAAUAAGGCUGAACUCUCGGCUGAACCUCUCUAUGAAGCCAGAGACAAUCUGUAUAAGGCUAGUAAAGAAUUUAUGCUCCCGCGAAGAGAGUGCGACACUUGCAUAAUUCUAUAAAGAAUUGUAGUAAGGGGCCAACACAGAACAGGAGCGACUAAAUUAAGCACGCUCCAACGUUGCCAUUAUUCAAGGAUAGUUCGAUUCGUAUCUUCCUAAACUGUCAGUAACUAUUUUUUUACGAAUAAACGUUAGCAUAUCCCACGAA